AUGGACAUGUUUUCAGUGACAGUGAAAAAAUCACCUGUAGCAUACUUCUUGGAGAAAGUUGGCAAUGGAAAUUCUUUAUGGAACACAACAACUCUUGGGGAUGAAAAAGGAAGAGAACGGGUUUAUGACACUAUCUUCCGCUUGCCAUGGAGAUGUGAAUUGCUUAUUGAUGUUGGCUUCUUUGUCUGUUUCAAUUCUUUUCUGUCAUUGUUAACUGUGAUGCCAACAAGGGUGGUAAUGAUCGUUUGGAAGCUUCUGAAAACAAGGAAGUUCAAGAGGCUGUCUCCAGUUGAAUUGUCGGAUUUUGGCUAUUUUAUUAUUAUGGCUUGUGGAAUCACUGUUUUGCAGCAAAUAGAUAUCAGCUUCAUAUAUCAUAUAAUCCGUGGUCAAGCAACAAUCAAACUGUAUGUGAUCUACAACGUCUUAGAGGUAUUUGAUAAAUUAUGUCAAAUUUUUAAUGGGGAUGUGUUGCAAAUGUUAUUUUAUUCGGCCGAAGAACUUGGAAGGUGUCCUUCUGAAACACGGAGUAUGAGACUCUGCAUUUGGAGAUUUAUUUCGGACCAAAUUUUAGCUGUUGUUACAACAAUUGUUCAUUCUUUUAUUUUAUUAGCUCAGGCAAUUACUUUAUCAGCCUGCAUUGUUGCUCACUACAAUGCACUGCCAGCUCUGCUGGUGUCAAAUAAUUUUUCUGAGAUCAAAAGCUACGUGUUUAAGGGAUACAAAAAGGACAAUAUUCAUAGUAUGGUGUACUUUGCCUUUGACUCGUCGCUCUCACUUUUGCAAGCAUUCGCCAUUUGCAUUGCAUUAGUUGAUAGCAAGAUGCCAUGUGAGCUUUCUGGAACAAGAAAGUCGCAAACCGAGGAACUAAAGGCUUUUGGUAAAUUAGAAGAUAUUCCUACAAGUUAUGUUUCUAAUCCACCAGUUUCUCCUGUUGGUAACUUUUCUCUUCCACUUGCUUCGCUGCUCUUCAAACCCUCGUGCGUCUUUGAGGGAUUGGAAUCACCCGCUGAUGGUAGACGUUCAUCUGAGUCUAGCUACCGUAUUGGAGAUAAUGGAACUUUAGAGGGGACAAAUUAG